AAAACUUAAAUAUACAGUACACGCCGGUAGCUCGUUGGGAGAGUUUUUGCUGCGGUAAAAGCGUAAACAUUUUAAGCUUUUCGUUAAGUUGAGUGCCGCACUCCGACGACAACGCGCCGAAAAUCAUAUGAAAACAAAAUACACAUCUCCUUUUCAUUUCAUAUUGUCAUACAUACAGUAGAUAGUAAAAGUUGAAUAUUAAACGCAAUUAUUAGGUGUAAAGUGAUCAAGUCAAUUACAACAGCUGAGUGAAACAACAAUAAAUAAAAUAUGGCAACAGCACAACAGCAAGGAAGAGAAAUAAUCCAAAGUCAACCAGUGGUGCAGCCGAAGCAGCAGCAGCAGUUUGCAUUGCUUCCGAAGAUAAUUAACGGCGGCAUUGCGGGCAUUAUUGGUGUGACAUGCGUGUUUCCAUUAGACUUGGUAAAGACUCGGUUGCAGAACCAGCAAAUCGGUCCAAAUGGCGAGCGGAUGUAUACCAGCAUGUUCGAUUGCUUUCGCAAGACGUACGCAGCGGAGGGCUACUUCGGCAUGUACCGAGGCUCUGGCGUGAACAUUUUGCUAAUCACACCUGAAAAGGCGAUUAAGCUGACGGCGAACGAUUACUUCCGACACAAACUUACCAAUAAGGAUGGUAAGCUGCCCAUGAGCUGCCAAAUGUUGGCUGGUGGACUGGCUGGCGCGUUCCAAAUCAUUGUUACCACGCCAAUGGAGCUGCUAAAAAUCCAAAUGCAGGAUGCUGGACGUGUAGCUGCCGCUGCAAAAUUAGCGGGCAAAACCGUUGAAAAGGUUUCCGCCACACAAUUGGCAACGCAGCUUUUUAAAGAGAAGGGCAUUUUUGGACUUUAUAAGGGCAUUGGAGCAACGGGCUUACGUGACGUCACGUUUUCUGUAAUUUACUUCCCACUUUUUGCCACACUUAACAACCUGGGUCCACGUCGUGAUGAUGGAUCCGGCGAAGCAGUAUUUUGGUGUUCGUUCUUGGCUGGGUUGGCCGCAGGUUCAACGGCAGCCCUGGCGGUCAAUCCAUUUGAUGUGGUAAAAACUCGAUUGCAGGCCAUAAAAAAGGCCGAUGGCGAAAAAGAGUUUAAAGGAAUCUCCGAUUGCAUUACCAAAACUCUUAAGCACGAAGGACCUACAGCAUUCUUCAAAGGUGGACUUUGUCGGAUGAUUGUGAUUGCUCCAUUGUUUGGUAUUGCCCAAACCGUUUAUUAUUUGGGUGUAGCCGAAGGUUUACUGGCCGUGCAGAAGAAGUAAUUGGCAAACAGAGUCUAUCCAGAAGAAUUUCUGCUUUUGCUUUAAAUGUUAAAUGUAUAUGUAUGCGUAAACGACGUUAUUGUUACUGUUAAAGCUGUCUAAUUUUGAUGUAAAAGCGAAAGCGCUCCAUAGAAAUAUGCAAUUACACUAUC